CGAAUACAACUAAAUUAAAGCAGAAGUGAAAUUCCGCAGUUCAUAAUUUUCGUAAACUCCCAUUAAGUUAUCAUUAAAUUUUAUUCGUUCGCGUCAUCUUCUUUCAAAGAAAAUCCGCAAAAUUCGUUAGGUGUAACGAAAGCAAUCCUCAGAGCGUACAGUGAUCCGCUUAGCUGAAAUUAUAAUAGUGGGAGGGUAAAAUUUUGGCGGUAGCAACGCUUGCGACAUUCCUUAGAAAGCGGGAGCGCGGGAAUCAAUAAAGGAUUUCCUGGCGACUUGCCCACGCAUGUGCGUGGCGGCCGGUGUCGCGGCCGGCAUACCCUCGCACCACCAGCGCUCCCCUAGCCACCAGCCAGCCGAGCCACUCCGUGCUGCAUUCUGUCAUCAGCUCGCGUCUAAUGACCUUCAGCCCAAGCGGCCACGGCGCAUACUACGCGACUGUCGUGCUGCUGGACCGAAUGUUUUCGAGGAGCGUGCAGCUAGGAGACGUUCGCACCGGUCGCUGACCAUCAACCCUAUGUAUGAGCAAAUAAAUCUCAGUAAUAAGUAGUAGGCCGCUGCGUUAUUGGGCGUAUGAUUCGCGCGCAGCGUCAGUGCGGGCACAGGGUUGCGGGGUGGGUUGCGCGGGGCAGGUGCGCGGGGGUCGCGGCGCGCGACUUGGCGCGCGACACGCUUGUCCUCGCCUGCGGCCCGCCCGCACGACACCGGCCCGGUCCCUAACCUGACUGACACUACCACUCGAUGACUCAUGAACAUACGUACAGCCCUGUGUGACACUGUCAGGAGAGUUUAGUGCGAACGGUGUGUAGCUCCAUGUAAGAGCGAUCAGUGCUGUGUCGGUUGUCGUGUGCCCUUGUCAUGUGGGGAGUGCGAUGGCGCUGAUGGACAGCAUGUGUCCGCGGAGGCCGCUGGGCCUGCUCGUCGCGCUGCUCGCGGCCGCUGCGCUCGCCAACCAGCUCGAGGACAUCCCGCACAAUGAAGUCAAAAACUGGGCGCUAAAAUUCGGCGUCGACUUAUGGGAAUUCGGCAGGCAUUUUACAAAAAUGAAUCAAAUUCAAAAUAAAUACCAUGAGUACAACGUGGACGUUGUGCGGAAGGAUGGCCUGCUGCUGGUGCGCGAGCUCGCCGCUGAGGUCAAGAACCACAUGGACUUCAAAAUAAAUGCAGUUAUGCGCAUAAUGGACAGUGCCGAGGCAGCUGCUUUAUCAGCAGGCAAUGCGGCCAGCGAUGGGGCUCCAGGGUCAUACUAUGAUGCUCGCUGGCUGAACGUGCACGCAGACGACGGGACCCUGGCAGCGCGAGCACGCCGGCUCACGCUCACCCCGAGCAGACACUUCGACCACAUCGCCGUCAACACCAGCUACAGCGCUGUGCUCAUGCCACCCUACAUCAAUACUGAGGAUGGUGAGGUUCAGAACCAGAUCGCGUGGUCGGAGCACUUGGACCCCCUGUUCGUGAAUAACUACGAGAUUGAUCCGACGCUCUCGUGGCAGUACUACGCCUCUUCCACUGGAUUCAUGAGACGAUACCCAGCCAUGUCCUGGCCUCCCGAAGAUGGUUACUCGCACCACGCAAGAGACUUCUACGACUUCAGGUCUUCAAAUUGGUUUGUGGAAGCAGCAACAUCUCCCAAAGACCUCGUGAUCUUGCUUGAUGACUCCGAUGACCUGAGUUCGUCUUACUGGCGGUUGGCCAAGUCCACCGUCUCCGCUCUGCUGGACACUUUAGGACCAAACGAUUUCGUCAACAUCUAUCGAUACAGUGACACGAUAUCCGAACUACACUCCUGUUAUACGAAGAUUUUGGCUCAGGCUCUUCCAGAGACUAUAAGGGAGCUGAAAACAGCACUAUGGAACGCCGAGCUAUCGGGAGGUGUGGCCAAUCUGACUGGCGCUCUUACAACUGGCUUUGAGAUUUUGCAUCGGUAUAACCGGACGGGUCUUGGAUGUCAAUGCAACCAAGCAAUAGCCGUGAUCGGCGCGGGAGGUGGCGCUGCCGGCGUAAAAGGAGUGUUCCGCACGUGGAACUGGCCGCACAUGCCCGUGCGCAUCUUCACGUACCGCGUCGGGGGAGACGCCGCCGCUGGACAUAGUAUGAAGGACAUGGCUUGCACUAAUAAAGGUUUCUACGUGACAAUAAACGAGCACUCUGAGAUUAAAUCGAAAGUGUUGCACUUCGUGGAGGUGUUGGCUCGGCCGCUUGUCAUGUACCAGACCAUGCAUCCUGUGCACUGGAGCCCCGCGUACGUCGGCGGAAGGAGCAGUAGUUUAGCUGACGAUGGCAUGGGCCAGCUGAUGUCUUCCGUCACCGUACCCAUCUUCGAUAGGAGAAACCACACGCAAAGAGAAGCUAAUUUACUCGGUGUGGUUGGAACCGAUGUCCCUAUCGAUCAAAUAAAGAAGCUCGUGCCACCAUACAAGUUGGGUGUGAACGGUUACUCGUUCAUGGUGGAUAACAACGGGCAUGUACUGUAUCAUCCUGAUUUAAGACCAUUGCAUACGAACGAGGAAUACACUGAGACGCUGCGUCCUCUGUACUCGAGUGUGGACCUCACCGACGUGGAACUACUGGUCGACUCCGACGAGAACUCUAGGGUCAACCUCACCUCGCUGCUGCUCGAUCUCCGCCACGACAUGAUAGAACAGCGUGAAGGUGAGACAGAGAUCGCAGUGAAGGUGCAAUAUGACAACAUGCGCCGCGUCGCCACCAGGCGGCAGAGGUACUUCUACAGCCCGGUAGAUGGCACUCCGUUCUCACUGGCCGCGGUGUUGCCAGACGGAUACGGCAUGUAUGAGCUGCAGGCGGAGCAAGAGGUCAAACAUAGUCCUAUUAACGUCACGGAAUACUUCAAAGGUGAAAACUGGAAAGUUCAUCCUGAUUGGGUGUAUUGUGAAUACGCGUCGACAUCGGACCAGACGUUUAACUCUGCGGAGGAACAACUGGUGCACUUCCUGUCGCGCGCGGGGCGGCCGGGCUGGAAGUGGAUGUCGCUGCGGCCGCGCGCGCUCACGCUGCACAACGCGCACAAGAAGCAGGAUAGGGACUCUUAUUAUUGCGACAAAACUUUAGUGCAAUCAUUAAUUAGGGAUGCAAUGGUAAUCAAAGAAUUGGACGCUCACACUGGACAUGCCAGCCAUCACUCACACCCGAUAGCGACUUUAAUGGCACUCCUUACAAGGCAAGGACGGUUCCAUAAGUUCGUGGUGACGCUGUCGUUCAUCGCAACACGUAGCGGUCUGCUCCGAUGGACCGAGAACGUCAACACCUCCAGGAGCACCGACUCGUCAGAACCUCACUUCAGUGAGAGAUACUCUCGAGCAUACGACUCUGAAUGGUAUCGUCGCGCGGUAGAGCACCACGCCAUCGAACCCGAGAGCUUCGUGUUCUCGGUGCCCUUCCGUGAUGGCUCGGAAGCUGAGGAGCUGAGCGGCCGUCCCCCGCUGGUGCUGGCCACGCACGCCGUGUUCGUGGAGUCCCGCGGCCAUCGUGCACCCGCCGCCGUCGUCGGCCUGCACUUCCAACUAGACUCUCUGGCCAAACACUUCUUGAACGUGACUUCAUGCACAGCUGGCACUUCCUGCAAGAAGACUUGCGCGGGCGACGAGUUGGACUGUUAUAUCUUGGACGACAACGGCUUCAUAAUUUUAUCAGAGGACGUCUCUCAAACUGGCCGGUUCUUCGGACAAGUCGAUGGGACUAUUAUGGAUUCACUAGUACAGGACCGAAUAUACAAAAAAGUCGUUGUGCACGAUCAUCAAGGCAGAUGUCCAGAUUCCAGGAACUCGUUUAGUGGUGACGGUCAUAAAGUUUCGCCUCUGAAACCGUUGUCCUGGCUCGGCGGAUACCUCACCAGUCUGCUUGCCGUGUGGUUCCCGCUGUGGGAGCCAGUGCGUGCAAGAGCUAGGCCAUACGCUGAAGAAGAAGUUGAUUACGAGGACUACGAGACCGAGGACAUGGAGAAUGAUGAUGACUUGGACAGGGACCGCGGUACUUAUGAGAUCAUAAUCGACGGGUUGGGUGAAAGUUCCCGCGACAGUGGGCGGUCCCACCCGGGCCCCCCUCCCCCCUCGAGCGGUGUCCCCCCUCCCCCGCCACCCCGUGAGGCGGCACGAUCGGCCGCCGUGCGACCCUGUGACACAAGCGCCGAGCUCUUCACGCUGCAAUCCUCACGACUUAACACCGCACAACCACUCAAGGGCAAACUUACUAACUGCCACAACUCCGGCUGCGAGAGGCCGUUCAGCGUGCAGAAGAUCCCGCACAGCAACCUGAUCCUGCUGGUGGUGGACACGCUGUGCCCGUGCGGCGCCAAGCGGCUGGACGUGCGCGCGCGCGAGGCGCCGGCCCGCGCGCCCUGCCGCCGCCUCGCCGCGCACCACCGCCGCCGCCCCGCGCACUGCGGCUCCUACCAUCCCGAGGAAAUCGAGAUCCAAUCGUGUGGUCGCGGCGGUCGAUUGAUCCCUGCGGUGUGGGCGGUGCUAUCUCCGCUCCUGCUGCGGCAGGUGCUGAGCACGUGACUGCGCGUGCGCACUUAAUGUUCUACCAACGUGCGGGCCCAGCGCUCGGAACGCCGGCGAGUCGUGAAACUUUCUGUACCCCACUCAGUUUCAGUAAACCGGUCGAUUGUUUCAAUGUUAUCUCUUAGUUUCACGACAUCUCCAGGGAAACUACAUCCGACAAUGGCGUUCAUGUAUUCUUGCGAGUUUGCGAGUGAUGUGAGUGGAGUGGAGUGGAGUACGGUCUGUAUGUAUGCGGUGUAUGUCUGCCUCUCCUCAGCCGCUCCAGCCGCCGAGUGGCCGGCGGUGACGUGUGGGCCGAUGUAAUUGUGCCACCGUGCGACUCACCGCCGGGUACCCGGUACCCGGUUCCCGCACUCGGUAGCCGGAGCGUUUAACGAGGGGCUUACAGUUUUGAUCAAUUUUACCGACUGAAGUUUUGGUCCGACCAAGUGAACUUUUGAUCUUGUUUUGAGACAGGAUUAUAGUCGAGUUAGGGUACGAUUAUUGAAAUAUUUUCUCCUCUCUGUUAAGUUGUCACUUUCAUAUUGUAACUGAUGCGGACGCAUACGGUAAUAGGUAGGUAACGAAUAUCUUGUUAAAUUUAAAUUGAAGAUUAUCACAAACUUGGAGAUCUUAUAAAUUAUAGCUAAUGUUAAUAGGUAUUGAAAGAUAAUUAAUGUAAAAUAUUAAUAUCGUUUAACAGUUUUAGAAAAAUUUACCUAUGUUGAGACCUAAUUCGAUUUUAUUUCUUGAUAUCUGUCAUUCAAUUUUAUCGCAAACUUAUUGAAUAGUUGCAUAGGGGUUGAUGUAAAUAAGAAAUUAUUUGUUUGUAGAGAAAUUUCUUUGCUGAAUUUAUGUGUGCCUGUGUAAUGUAACAGUCGUUGUGUCGUCGAGCAGGCGUCGCAGCGCUAACACGCACUGCCAUACAGGGGAACAAACCUAAUAAUAUAAUCAAAUAGCUUGUUGUCGCUCGCGUCGGUCGCGUCGCUCGCUCGCGUCGGUCGCGCGCAUUGAGGCGUGUCCCCGGGCGCCGCGACGCCUGUCUCUCUGACGACUUUCCAUUUUAGUCGUUAGUGAUUUUCUCGCCUAAUCUUCGAGUAAUGUCGUAAAGAAACUGUAAACAGUUUCGUAUUUUUAUUGUAAAUAUUUUACUAACUUAAAUGGCCUAUUACAAUUUUAAGAAAGUGUGUUGCUAUAAUUAUAGGUCGUUCAAAUUCGACUUCUGCUGUCGUAAAUGUUAACAUCGUCAUAUCGAUCUGUAUCAAUAAUUGUUUGCAUAUCAUAAUGUUCUCUUUCGAUUGUUUCAAGUUAAAGAAAAGGCCUCUGAACAUCGGAUAAGUACUGACACUCUACAAUCAUACGUAAAUUUCAAAUUUCGGAGUAUAAGAGAAUAAGCGUAUUUACCUAUUAACUUGUUUGUACCUAACCUAAAUGUGAAUGUUACAUAGGAGUAAUGAUCAAAUCCACAUACUUACAUUUAACAUUAAAUAGUUUUAUAUAUCAUACCUAUUUAUUGAAUAGUCAUUAAUGUACACGAGUAUACGGCUUGCUAUUGUCCGUUAUAAGUAUUCCAAUUUUUGAAGCAGUGUAAAACCCCGUACCGUUAUUCCUAAUGAAUAUACAUAGCCAGAGUUAGAGAUUGAGUGCCAAACCACUAUUAUACAAUAAUGUGACACAAGCCGUUGGCGAGUGACGUGUCUGCCCGCGUAGCUGUGAGUGCGGAGGACAAUAGCAAGCUACACAUUCUAUACAACGUGCCCUCAUUGCAGCAAGCUCGCGGUGCGUACUUCGCGUAUUGUAAUGUUAAGUGGAAAGAGAACUGAGCGGGGUUAGACGUAGAAUAGCCUUUUGUGGGCCUUGUAUAUGCAGUGUUACCGACAUUUAUAUGGUGCAGUAGUUAGUUACACAAUAUACAUAGAUAUUACAAUUACAUAUAUCUUCCGUACAAUAGAGAAAUAUUAGAUUUGAAGCAAUAAUAAAGUUAACUCGGUGUAUAUUCCCAGAAGAGCGCCGACGAGAUUACUGCAGUGAGUGCGCGCGUACCAUACAAGUUAACAUAGUCAUAUCGUACACAGCAUACUCACUAAUAUACUACAGAUAAUUAACGUUGAUUGAAGGCGCUUUUGAGAAAUUGUACAUUUUGUAUAAAUAAUACAGUAAGGAGUCGAUUUAAUGGCGUAGAGAUUGUUUAAGCUGGUGAGUGGCGAACGACUGGUAAUGUAUUGAAAGUGCUUCUAGUAAGCGUCGAGUCUUCCAUAGCAGUCGAACGCGGGGGCGAGUGUUUAUUGUUACGUCUAAGUAUUAAACGAUAAUAAUAGCGUAUACUUAUCAUAGCAUAGGCGGAGCUCGCGUCUUGUACCACGUGCAGAUAUUUUUACUUGCACUUCGCGGGAUUUAGUUCUAUGUAACUAUAGACACAAAACAAAUACCUCGUUUAGUUACUCAGAAUGUAAUAGUUAGACAGAGUUAGCAUUUAUUUCGCGUUUAGUUCUUGGACAUAUCAAUUCAGGCACCAAAUGAGACUAUAGAGUAAGCAAUUUUUAAAUGUUUUCUUGUAUUACAGUAUUGAUAUCGAUUAUUUUAAUAAGGUCUUUAUCAAUGUUUUGUAGAGUCGCGGGACUGGCGCGCAACGUAUUGAUCCCACAUUGACAGGGUCCUCGUUAAAAUAGUUGUGCGGUGGCGCCAUACGUGCGAGCGAACAGUGAUAUGAUCAUAUCUAAACUUGCCACCUUCACUAACCCUGUAUCUUACAUUUUUAUAUAAAUCCUAAAUUACUCGUUUUAUCUGAUAGACCUGUCAAUUUCGUUCUAAUGCUUUUUAGAACUAUUACCAAAAUUCGAUAAAUUCUGGAUAAAAUUAUAUAACUAUUUGAUUGGAAAGCAAAUGUUGACGUCACUGUUUAUGAUAUUUUCUUUGAAUUAGUUAAAAGUUGUAUCAUUCUUCACGGCAAUCUGUGUGAAAAUGGUUCUCUAGCGUAAUUCUAGUAAAAUACUGUUCUUUUUGUUACUUGCCAGUUCAUUGCUAUAGAUAUACAGUAAUUACAACAAUAAAGUUCUCUUAUAACAUUGUGAA